AUGCUCUGGGGACAGCGCCCGAGAGCUGGGCGGCGCUUCCGAGCCUGGCCAUGGGGUGGCGCUGCUCGCCAGCCGCUGGCCUCGGCGGCUCUGCUCCGCAGGGACGCAGGCCCUCCUCUGCCGAGGGCGUCUCUGCCCAGCGCGGUCAGCACAGACUUCCACACUUACAGUGCACACUGCCACGGGCUGCCCACAGAAGGCGGAAUUCUUCCAGGCGCCGGACAGGAGAUCCUCUGGAAGUCUUUGCUGAUAUGGGUUUGGAAACUUGGAGAAGGGCUGAAUUUCAACAUCGGCCGGCAAAAAACAGAAGUGCUUCUGUACGAAGAUGAAGCAGAUUUGCAGCUGCUACAGGCAGAGGCUACGUUUGCCACCGCUCGUCGGGAAACUGCCACGGACCGUGGGCCGUCCCGUCUGUGGGUGUGUCCGUGCGGCUGCCAAAGCCACGCACGGGAGACCUUGGGGCACGAAGGCCACGAGGCUGUGUGCUUCGGCCGGUCCGCCCGUGUGUCACUGGAGCAGACGCCACGUGGCAAGCGGACUCCACGGGCACUCGCAGCAGCUGACGUGCCGCCCGCCACCUCCACGGCCGCCGCUAGGACACGAGUGCAGGCGUGGCUGCCAGGUGGGCUCUGGGGCCAGAAGGUGCUCCACAGGCGAGCAGUCCCGUCAAGGCAGGCGGCUACUGUUCCCAGCAUCCCCCUGCACAUCCCAUCUACGGCCCCUCCCCCGGACGGGGAGGAGGAGGCUCACUAUGUAAAAGUGAGAGAGCAGGAAACACAGAGCGACCAACGAAGGACCCUGCUGCCGACUGCCCCGGAUCAGAGCCAGGCGGCGCCCCGGGCCUACCUUAGCCCCUCUGAGGCCCGCAGCCCACUUUCGGACCUGGCCUUCCACCCUCACCCCUCGACUCCCAGUGCACCCUCUCUCUCCGGCCACGAGCUCUGCACCCCACCUGCAAGGUGGGUCCUGCUGACCUCGUCCAAAAGCAGGGCGGCUGGGACAGAUCACCGCCUGGAGCCCCGAACGCCAGGCCUGGCCAAGAGCGACCCCAGGCCUUCUGGCGUCUCCGGGCGGCCGCCCCGCCCCUUCCGGUUGGCGCCCCUGGACUUCCGGUUCCUCCUCUGGGCAGUUCCUGUCUGGUCAGUUGUAGGCGUUGAGUCGCUGUCAUCUUCGUCUCAUGGCCUGUCGCUCGUCACCCGUCACACACAGCCUCCCCGGCUCCACAAGGCCGUUCUCAGUGACUUCGAGGGGAAGCUUCGGCACAGCUCAGCCACGGCCCAGGAGCAGCCCGUAGAUUCCAGCGAAAGCUCCUCGGCUCUGCGCAGCACCUCCUGGAUGCAGCCCCCUGCUCGGGAAGAACAUCUUGCCUCCGGGUUGUGCUGGGAGGUCCCGGUUAGCCUCAGGCACUGCAGCCGCACCGGGAGGAGCUCCCGGGCAGGCCACGCGGCGGGCCCGCUCUCUCCCCAGGCGCGCUCUCUGCCAGCUUCACGUCCAGCGAGGGACAAAGGGGCCUGCGGCGGAUUAGCUGCCCGGCGGGCGGGCCCGCGGUUCCCGCGGCGGCAGCUGCUCGCCGGCCUUGCCAAGGCGGCCGUCCUGGUCCGGGCCCCGUUCACUGAGGGCGGAGCUCGGCCCGGGCAGGACGCCUCCUCUGUUUAUCUGCAAGGCCGGCCCUGCCCUGCCCCGUCGGGCCGGUCAGGCCAGGCUGGGGGCCGCGGGGUCAGCGGCGGACAAUGGGCAGGCGCGCGCGCGCGUCCGCCCGACUCCGGGCCUUUGUUGCGGGAGCCUCGUGCCGAUGGGUUAAUGGGGCAGAAGCGAUCGGUGAAGGGCGACAGAAGCCCGGGCGCGCCGCCCCUUCGCCCCUGCGCCCAGGAGGGAGGGACUGGGGGGCGGGAGGACGGGGGGGGCGGGGUAUCCCCUUCCCAUAAACAGCCGCAGAGCAGGUCCUGGGCAGCCCGCCGGCCACCCCUGGUUUCCUGCCUGAAGGCCUGCAGCCAGCGCCCCCGGGCCGGCUCGCGGAACCAGCGCGAGGACCGGUCGGUCCGCGGGAUGCGAGCCGGGCCCGCCAGGCGGCGCUGCUUCCCGCCCGGCCGCGGCCGGCUCUGCAGCCCGAUGCUGUUUAAUUAA